UUGUUGCUUUCAUUCUGAAUGUUUCGCUUUACAACCCAUGAUAUAUUUUUCAACAUAUGCGUUGAAUGUAUUAUUUUUACUUUAGCUUGUGCUGUUAGUGGAAAUAAAAAAAAAUCUCUCCGGAUAAAGAUAGAGAGAAACGGUGCGCAUGCGCCCUCAGGGGUCUUCGAAGAAAAAUCCAGUAAAUAGAACCUGGAGCCCGAGAGUGUCGGCGCUGACGUCACGGCCCUACAUUGAGAGAGCUCGAGCUGAAUUGUAAGCACGAGCUUCAGACGGAGGCGCGCGGAGGCGAAGGACACAACUACUGCCAUGAAGGUGUGACUGCUGAUCUGUAAAGGAGGGAAAUAAAACAUUUUUUAAUUUUUAUUUGGUGAUUAUUUCUUCAAACAGACCGACAUUUUGGAGAGUUUUGCAUCCGAUUUUUACAGCAUGUCCUCCGCGGCGGUCGCUGCCUCCAGAAGGCAGUCCUGCUAUCUGUGUGAUUUACCCCGCAUGCCAUGGGCCAUGAUCUGGGAUUUUACCGAGGCCGUGUGCCGCGGAUGCGUCAACUACGAGGGCGCAGACCGGAUUGAGUUUGUGAUCGAGACGGCGCGGCAGCUGAAAAGAGCGCACGGUUUCCAGGACGGUAGAUCUCCUGGACCGGGGAAGAACCACCACCAGCAGCAGCAGCACCACCACCAACAACAACACGAAAAGAUGAACCACCAGGCUGCAGGAGGACCAGGAGACCCGGGUUCGCGUCCCCCGCAGCCGCUGGACCGAUACCCGCUGUCCGACCGGCCGCCGCGCCUCGGACCGGAGUACCAGGGUGGAGGAAGGCAAGCAAACGGCCUCCCUUUACCGAAUGGGUUUCCAAAACCAGACGAGCCUCCAGAGCUGAACCGACAGAGCCCAAACCCGCGCAGGACUAGCACGGUUCCUCCCAACCUGGUGCCUUUGGUGAACGGCGGUAUACCGACCAUUCAUCCGCUGAACGGCCGCCCUCAGAUGGGUCUGGCCGGGGUGCUGGCCGCGCCUGGGGAGCAGAAGGAGAUGAAACACAGGCCGGAUAGUCUGCAGGACAUGUCUGACAGCCACAAGGAGUGGAUAGGCAAAGGCAAAACAGUGAGGGACCUGAUGGCGCUGCACACUUUCGACAGCAGGUUUAAGAAGGACCACGCCGCCAUGCAGAGGGUGAUGGGAUAUGAGACCAGUGCCACUUCCUCAAAAACAGACAGGGGAAAGCACCCUCGCAGCAUGAAGAGGAAAGCGUCCCCAGAGCCAGACGGUGAAGGCAGUGCCCCCAAAAUGAACGGUGGUGACGGCCAGCAGUGGCACCCCUCGCCCUCUGAGAUCCUAAAAAUGCCCCCAGCCGCCCAUCCAGGUUUCUCCUCCGCUCCCCCCUCCACCAUCUCCCCUCACUCCCACUCCCGCACCACGCCCCCAGAAGUCGCCACAGCCCAAAACGGCCAGUCCCCGAUGGCGGCACUUAUCCUCGCCACGGAUAACGCGGGAAACACGGGAUCACCGAAAGACGGAAACCAGGUUCACUCCACCACCACAGCGGGGGCGCGGCGGAACAGCGGCAGCCCCCUGUCGCCCUCCUCCGCCUCUCAGAGGAGGUUGGCACAGAGGGAGGGGUCAGUGAGCGCCGUCCCCUCCGCUCUGGACCCCAUGCAGAGCGCCCCAGACUCUUCUGUGCCGCCGGGCAGCGUGCCGCUCUGCUGCACUCUGUGCCACGAGCGGCUCGAGGACACUCACUUCGUCCAGUGCCCGUCGAUCCCCUCGCACAAGUUCUGCUUCCCGUGUUCCCGGGAGAGCAUCAAGCAGCAGGGCGCCACCGGGGAGGUGUACUGUCCGAGCGGAGAGAGGUGCCCGCUGGUCGGCUCCAACGUGCCCUGGGCCUUCAUGCAGGGGGAAAUAGCCACCAUCUUGGCCGGGGACAUAAAAGUAAAAAAGGAGCGGGACCCUUGAAAUUGUUCACCAGUUGUUUUUCUGGAUUUCUUUUUUCCCCUUUUGUAAUCCGACUGCAGGACAUACAGUAACACACACACGCCCCGAUAAUAUAAAUCAUCCAGCAGGCCCCAGAGAGACGGACAUGUACAUAUUGGACACAAGGGAAGUGUUAUACUUCGUUAACAUGGCUGUAUAAUUUUUUUUUUUCUUUUUCAAUACAUUGUGUUUCUAUAUUUUUGAAGAUGAAAAGGUAUGUACUCUUCAUAACAGGCUCUUCCCCGCCCCAUCACACUUGUUUCUUUUCAGUCGUUGGUGUACUUUAAGUCUGGAGACAGUCCUGUCCAACAUAGAAUGUGACUAAUCUGAGCACUUGGCAAAAAAAUAAUAAAAAAAAAACAAAGAAAAAAUGCUUCUAGCUGUACAUGUAUGCACUUGUUUAAGAAAAGAACUUGCCAAAUACAGUUUCAGACCUUGUAAUAAUA